AUGGGGCACUUCUCGACGUAUACAGUGAAACAACUAAUAAUAAUGGGUCAAGCCUUGGUUCUCCUUACUGCGUUUUCAUCCAUCUACUGGCAGAUUCCAGGUAAAAACACAUAUUUUCAGCGUUGUUUCAAAAUUAAAUCCAGGUUUAUUUGGCGAGCAAGGAUUGAUGCCAGUCGCCGCUAAGAUGAAAUGUGGUGAGUUUUGUGCGCUCUGUGGACAAAACAACAUGUUAACAUCCUUGUUUACUUUUUUGAUUUUUAAAUGAGUAGAGACAGCUCUACUUGUAAAAUUAGUUGGUUUUAAGAUGGAAUCUCAAAUAAAGGCGAAAAUAUGUCACUUUUUUUAAACUUUUUUCAGUACCGAAAAAAAAGAAGCAAAGAGUUUUUUUUACUGUUUACUUUGUUUUUGCACUGAUCGAAUUUUUCCAAAGUUAAUCUAUCUCCAAAAACAGGAAUGUCCAAAAAAAGAAGUUAUAUGGCCCUUUAAUCGCUUUAAACUUUGCUUGUUUACUGUGUGUUUCGCUGGGCGCGCUGUUAUCAAACGCCACAUAGUGUCGAGUGUUUUCUUUUUGUUCCUUCGUCCUCAUCGAUUGCUAAUUUCUUCGCAGUUUUUCAACUUGAAUUAUUCAAUAUUGUAGAAUAAAAAAACGUAUUUCUUAUUUUUGACACUAAUUUUGUAUUUCAGAAAAAAAAAACAACGUCUUGAAAUGUCCGCUGUCAGUUCUACAAGCGCUCAAAAGUUACUUCACUCUUUCUCCGUCGGUGGCUCUACAGUUGACGGCAAUCUUCGGGAUGAUAAUCUCGUCCCUGGUCGUCGUCUUCAAACCGCUCAGGAAGGCGCCGAUCUUCUUCAUUCUCUACUCUCUCUACCACACUAUCUUUCUGGUGGGUUAAACAUUAUCAUUUUCAGAUUCAACUCAAGAAAAUUGAUUUCGAGCCAAGACGACGGAUUUUCGAAAAAUGGAAGAUUAGAUAAACAUUCAUAGUAUGAGCAUCAUACUGUCAGAAAUCCUUGUGAAAAGAGCUUUUUUAUUAGAUGUGGACUGAUAAAAUUAAAAACCCCAAAAUAUAAUAAUUUCAGGCCGGAGGAGAGUUUAUGGCUCAAGAGUUUGAUCUUCUACUCCUCGAAUCGACAAUGUACGUUGGAGCGCUAGCCAACAUCUUUGACAGUCCCGCGGAUAUGGUUUCCUGCAACUUCGAUUAGUCCCAAACAACCCUUUUUUAUAGAUCACAUGCUUCUACGUACUCUAUCUCGGGAUCAAGUUGAGACUCCCUCUUGGAAUCAUGAGACUGGAAAGCGAGAACCUUGAUUGGUGGAACUUGAUAGGUUUUCGAAAAGGAUUAUAAUGUCUUUUUCAAAAUUAAUUUUAGCUUUACCUCGCCUUUAUGAACGCCAGAUUCUGCCUACUCCUUUUAGCUACUACUUCAGCCACGUACCUGAGAUCUUCAACAAGGUAAGAAUCGAAAAAGGAAUAGCGGACCAAAAUAACUAUUCAGGCCGCUUGCUGGGCCUCUUUCUACACGGAUGUCUUCACAACGCCAUUGUACCUUCUCCCCUGCGAAACGUUGCAAGUGUUCUUCUUCAUGACCCAGGUUUUCUUGAUCGUAUAAGGUGUGAAAUAAAAACUGAGAUGCAGGUCACCGCGAUCAUCUACAUGACUUUUUCUGGCAACUACGGAUUCUACUACAUGAACUUCGUCGUUCUGCUACUACCUCUUCUGCAGGGAAUCUCCAGCUCAGGAAGCGGCGAAGUGAAGCUAUCAGCUCUUUUGUAUUUGUUCUGCGUCGUCACCGCCGUCCUGUACUUCCAAGUCGACAUCGAUUUCACGACCUUAACUAUUCACAGUUAUGGUGAGAGUUUUUCCCUUCAUUCAGUACAAAUAACUUUGAGUUCAGAUCCCUCUCCUGAAUCCCUUUACGAUAGGAUCAGUCUACUAUCCAGUCAGACAGCUUUCGUCUGUUUCGUAAACAUGCUGGUUAAUGCUGGAACCGUUGUAUACAAGUUUUCGAAUUUUCCCAGCAAGGUUACUCAUUUAUUGUUUAAGAAUGGUCCGUUCGGAGGAUGGAGCUUUACGUCGACGUACGGUUAUGAGCAUCAUGGUGGCUGCUUUAUUUGGAGCAACCGUUUUCCGAAUCGGAUUUGUAAGUGGGACUCAUCGAAACUUGAAAAAACCCCGAUUUCAGGUGCCAAGCAGAGUUCAAUCAGAGCUCGAUAGAUAUCAUCCCAAAAUGCGGCAGAUCCACGACAACGUCAUGUAUUUGUACAACUCGAGUAACGCGUAUGGUGUCAAUGAAACGUUCGUUAUUAGUUAGUAGAUUCAAGUUUAAUGGAAUUUUUACAGAAUCAACAUGCGAGGUCGCCCGGAAGUCAUCAUUGAAGGGGCAAACAUGAUGGGUGGGUCAUGGGAAGAACUGCAUUUCUUCGCCAAACCUGGAGACGUCUCAGUUGCUCCGCGAUUCCUGAGUUAUUUUCUGAGAUUGAACUUUAAUUAAAAUGAUUUUUCAGACCCUAUCUGGCCUCGUCUGGAUGCCCAAAUGUGGUACGCGGCUGUGGGCAACUACAAGCAGAAUCAUUUCUUCCUGUCUUUAGUUUACCAUUUGAUGGAAGGAACUCCGGACGGUAAACUUUUUCCGAAGACAAGAGAGAAAGAAGAUUUUUCAGUGCUGGCGUUGAUGGGACAUUAUCCAUUCGGUGCCAACAAAACCAUGAACUUCGUCAGAGCCAAGCUCUACACUUACCGCUUCUCGAAGCCUACCGAGGAAGUGUGAGUAACACGGGUCGUUUUAUCUUGAAGAAAAAUUCCAUCAACUCUAAGGAACAAAUUUUUGUUUUUUUUAAUGAAAAAUUGAGAAGGAAAACUCAUAUAACGUUGUCAAAUAUCAAAAUUAAGAUGUACAAAUGAGGCUGAGCAGAUCCGAGUUUUUAAUCUUCUCAUGCCGUAAAAAAUCUUCAAAUUUCAAAGUCAUCCCUAAUUUUUUUGUUUCAGUGACUGGUGGACAAGAACCUACAAACGAGAGUACAUGAAGAUUAUGAACAAGAGUUCCAAAACUCUCGGCGAUUUUUUAAAAAGCAAGAACCUGCUCCUGGAAGAUCCGCACGCAUUCAAAAACGGCGCAUUCGGCAAAUUCCUGCAACGUCUUCACAAGACUGUCGUCUGGUUCGGACACCAAGAAUUCGUGAUUUUGAUGUUGACGAGCGUCGUCUUGUUCCACAACUCUUGGCGACUCAUGCUCUUCCGCGGACUUCUGAUCGGUUAAAGUAACUCGUUUCUUCCACCUUGCCGAUCUCUUCAAUGCUUUAUUUUUCCAUUUUUCCAUUUUAUUAUUUUGUUUCACCAAGUGCUUUUUUGUUAUUGUGCUCUGCCAUUUGUUGUCGGCUUAUUUAUUAUUUGCUAUUGUGUGUUGAUAUUAUUGUUUUAAACAUUGGAAUAAACGGUUUGUGCCAAAAUUGGUUAUUUUGUUAAUCGUGGUGAUGAUCCCAACGCUCAUAUUUUGUGGUUUUUUGUUAAUAACAGUUAUUCUGAUAAAAAAAAACUUGAGCUUAGAAAAAUGGAGCAAGACAAAACGAAACGAAUUGGUAGAUGGUAUUUUGGAGGAGUCGCCGGUGCCAUGGCCGCCUGCUGCACUCACCCGCUAGAUCUCCUAAAGGCAAAUUUUCCUUAUCAAAAAAGUAUAAAAUUCUCACGUUUUAAGAUUAGGAAAUCUUUCAAAAUGAUAGUUUAGUGAAUUGAAUGGAACAAGAAUAAAAGCUAAAUAUCAAUUUUUUUUUUAGGUAAAUAGUGGAAUCAAAGUGUACAGAGCUUCUCAUAAAAUUGAACAAAAAUGCAAAAGUAGAUUCAUCAUAAAACGUUAGAACGAGAGAUACGGAAUGAUGAAAAAUCGAUAAUUUCCACUAAAAAAAAUUGCCAAAUAACUUAGCUUUCAGGUUGAAAAAAGUUGAAAAAGUGUAAAUUAAAUAUUUAUUCUAGAGUAAUAAAUAAUCUCGGACACUUGAGGCAUUUCUAGUGAUUACUUCACAAGCUUCAGCCUGCUUAAAUGAUCUCAAAAAAUGCUUAGAGACUCUCAAAGCACGUCCGGUUGCUUUUACCGAUUUCCGAAAUAAAGUUUUUUUUUCUACUACCGCGACCUUGUUCAAUUUUUUUUUUGAAAAUGAGAAAUUCCUUUAAGAAACGAUAAAAGUUAAUAAUUAAAGACCUUUGGAAGGUCAAUCAGAAUACAAAAAAAAAACUCAGAAUUCUGAUGGUUUCUAUCAGAACUGUAACCUCUCUCAUUAGAAGUAGCUGAAAUUUUUCCUUAUAUCAGAGAUGUAACCUCAAAACAAGCGGACAUUUUUUUUGUUACAAAUAAAUUGAACAUGACUGUUAAGGAUUAAAAAUUUCUCUACAGGUUCAACUGCAAACCCAACAAGCCGAGAAACUCUCAGUAGGGCAGCUGACCCUCAGGAUCUACAAGAACAACGGCAUUCUAGCCUUUUACAAUGGGCUCUCAGCUUCAGUUUUACGACAGUUAACCUAUUCGACAACCCGUUUCGGGAUCUACGAGACUGUGAAAAAGCAGUUCCCGCAAGGCUCGAUUGUACAAAGUUAUUAUUGACGGAUAAGAAGUUCAGAGAAAGCAAUGCCUUUUUAUCAAAAGGCUCUUCUUGCUGGUUUUGCCGGAGCUGCAGGAGGUUUGGUCGGUACUCCCGCGGAUUUGGUUAACGUCCGUAUGCAGAAUGACAGCAAGGUUUUUUUAUAAUUUCUUUUGAUUUUUUUAAUAAAGCAAGGAUAUUGGUUUUUGCAAAAGCAUUAUUUCAAAUUCUGAAAAUCAAUAACCUUCACUGUAAAGCUUGCUAUUCCUUACGAUGAAAAUACUAUUAAAAUUUUUUAGUUCCAUCAGAUUUUCAGUAAUUUUACCCGCAAUCUAAAAAAGCCUGUCACGCUUAAAGUAAAAAAACGGUCUGAGGAAAUUUUUUUCAGCUGUUUCAUUUUUUUCAAGCUACAUUUUUUUCAAACUUGCAAACUUUAGUGGCCCCUAUAGGGGUUAUAGGAAUUAGUGAAGUAGUCCCUAUAGGAAACCCUACAAGGGCUCCCAAAGUUGCCUCUAUAGGUACCACUCUGGAGUUCCUAAAUUAACAAAAAAAUCCAGAAUUAUUUGUUAUACUCUCAUUAAGGCUUUUUUAUGGUUUCUGAGCCACUUCUUAUUAAAAAAAACCAAGACAGAAAAAUUCUACAGCUGCCAGCAGCUCAAAGAAGAAACUACAAACACGCCUUGGACGGCUUGUUGAGAAUAACCCGCGAGGAAGGACUGAUGAAAAUGUUCAACGGUAAUCGCGAAACUCGAAAUUUCCUAAUUUUCAAUCAUUUUCUCAAGGAGCGACGAUGGCUACAAGCCGCGCUGUGUUGAUGACAAUCGGUCAACUUUCUUUUUAUGAUCAAAUCAAGCAAAUGCUUAUUGAGAGUGGAUUGGCGAAGGAUAACCUGCAAACUCACUUCUUCAGCAGCUUCUGCGCAGUGAGUUUUUUUUUUCAUGGAAUAAACUCAGAUUGCAAUUUCAUUGUUGAUAAAAGUAGAAGAGUGCUUUUUAAAUGAUUUUUUUUGCUUUUUUUCAUUUAUAAAAUCGUAUUUAGUGAAAGAGCUUUUAAAUAGUUUAUUUGCUCUUUUUUUAAAUUCUUAAAAAAAUGCUGGAAUGAAAAAUUCAUGAAACAAUAACUGCAAAUCGUAGAAGAGCUUCUCAAAAAAAUCUGUCAAAAAAUUGAAACCUAUGAAUUUUUUUCCUUUACUUCAGAAAAAAGACAACACCAAAAAUAAGGAAUAAUUGUAUCGUUUAUUGAAAUUAUGUUCAUUAAAAUUAGAGCUUCAUGGAUAUUUUUUCAGGCAAGUGUGGCAACAAUGAUGACCCAGCCCCUCGAUGUGAUGAAGACAAGAAUGAUGAACGCAGCCCCCGGAGAGUUCAAGGUUUUUUUGCUUCCAAAACUUCCAAACUUGAAAAUCAUCGUUUUUCAGGGUAUCGGCGACUGUUUCCUGUACACUGCAAAACUGGGUCCGAUGGGCUUUUUCAAGGGAUUCAUCCCCGCUUGGGUGCGACUCGCUCCUCACACCAUCCUCACUUUCAUCUUCUUCGAGCAGCUCCGCAUGAACUUUGGCUACUUCAAAUCUGAUUGAACGAAGUGAAAAUAGAGAAUCUCUUGCCAUGGUUGUUAUUAGAUAGUCUUAAUUUCUGUGUUGAGUAUUAUUUCUGUAUUAAAGAUAUGUUUAUGAAAUAAACGCAUUUACUGUAAAAAUACUGAUUGAAUAGCUACAAAAAUUUAUUUGCAUCGUCAUGAGAAAAAAAUCGGCAAUAAAGGGAACUUCUGAAAAAUUUGGUAGAAAUUGAAAGUUUUUUUGAAACGAUGUCGUUUGAAUCUAGUUCAUUUUCAAGGAUUUUUUUAAUCUAAUCAAGUUUUUAGAAACUGUGUAAAAAAAGCGAAGUUGGCGCAGUUCAAAUUAAAAAAAUUUACGUUUUCAGAUCUAGGUAUUUAAAAAGACUUUUUUUGAACUUUCUACUUUAUUUUUUUAUUAGAAAGCGAGAGAAAAAAAGAAAAAAAGACAGCUUUUCCAUGAAAUCUUAUUAUUAAAAAAACAUUUCCGUUGCAUGGAAAGUUAAAAAAAUUAAAAACGUACCUCAAAAAAACUUUCUGUUUUCACUUAAGUGAACUUCUAGAGCAGUUGCGCCCCAGCGCACACUCAAGCACCUCAUUAUAACGCCUCAUAGAUUUUCACUUACUUUACCUCUUUUUUUCAAAUUCUCCUUUUCCGUAACUGUUUAAUUUAAAUUAAAAUUUGUUUUGGUAAAAAUUAAUAAAAUAAGAGGUUUUAAAUAAUUUUUUUUGUCUUUUAUCGUCGAUACGAAUGGCUAAUUUAUGAUAUUUCAGUAGAAAUGGUGGACAAAAGUGUCCAACCGCCUGUGGAAAAAGAAAAGGCGUAUUUCUGUGAGUUUUUCCAAUGUUUUCAAAUUUGAAAUCACAUUUCCAAGACUCUCGCUGAGGCGCGCGGGUACCACAAUUUGAAACCAGAAGUUGCGGCGGCGGUUCAAGAAAUGGUAAAUUAACUAUAUCUAUAAAUUACUAAAUAUCAAUAUUUUCAGACAAGGAAGUUUAUGCUGAAUAUUGCAAACUUUGCAAAUAAUUGGGCACAACAUUGUCAUCGGAAAAAAGUCAUUCAAGAAGACGUUCAAGCGGCUUUGCGGGAGUUCAAACAUAUUUUGCCGGUAUGUUUUUUUGUGUUUUUUUAAAUUUAAGGUUGAAAAAUGUGUAAAAACUUUUUUCAUAUGCCCAAAUGCUUGAAUAAUUUUUUUACAUAAGCAUAUGUAUACAAAGCUUGCAAAUAAUAAUGCUGACAGGAGAAGUUAUUUUAUUUUGCGGUAGGAAAUUUUCGAAAUUUUGCCAGAACAUUUUUUGGUGUACCACAAGAUCCUGGAAGUCUCAACUUGCACAGCUUCCUAGUUUUCCAGAAAUAAGAGCCAGAACUCUCAAAACAGCCUUUUUUAUAAGUUUUGAGGGUCUUCUGUAAAUUUGAGGCGACUUUUCCCAAAACCAAAGAAGGUGAACAGGUUGGGGCUUUUAAAAUAUUUUUCUGGUACGUCAAAGAGCAUUCUGGCCAAUUUUUGAGAACAGCAAAGUAAAAUGACCUUCCUUGUAAGGUACCGAACCAAACGCAUUUUUGAGUUGCAUUCAUUUUACAAAUCUUCACAAAUCCGCUUUUCAGCCCCUCUUCUUCACGAAGCGAUUUACUAAUUUUCAACCUGCAAAAGGUUAUGGCCCUGGUGUUUAUACACAUGUCAAUCGCGAAAUCGACGUUUCGGAGCUCUGUCAUCAGCCGACUCAGAAAAUCCCUAUACAACUUCGUAUUAAGAGUAGUUCUGAUAAGCACAGAUUUUUAAUUAGUUCAAAUUUUAGGUUAUUUUUUGGUGAUCAACGGCAAAAUUGUUCCAUCGCCUUACAAUAUCGCGCCCGCUCCAGAAGUUGAAGCUCCAGUCGAAGAAGAAAAACCGGAAGAGGAGAGGUAAUAUUGGUUUUCUGAUUUUUUUUGAAACUUGUUUUUGCCAUAUUCUUUUCUGUUUCACAUCAUAAAAAUAUGGAGGUGCUUGAGUAUAGCUUCACGGCUAGCUUGAGUCAUUGAAAUAAGGGUUCUGACUCGAUAAUGCACGAGAUAGUUCUUGGCUCGUGGACUGGCCACGCCCCUUACUAAAGCUAGCCUUGAAAAAGCUAUAUAUUUUGACCUGAAAUCUCUUAUCACAUUUAAUCCUUCAAAGAACUUUUAAUGUCACUUCUCAAUAUUUUCAGCGAAGAACCAGCGGAACGACAACGCCCUCAUAUCUACACCAUGUCGGCCAAAGAAUUGUUUUCUGACUGUGUAAAAGUUGGACAGACGGAGCAGACUGUCGAAGUGCGGCCGACGAUCCCAGAAUCGCUAAGCGUGGUUAGUUGAACCCUUGAUGUAAUUUUCAAAAGGCAGUGUUUUAGGAGCAACAAGUCUUCCUAAAGGAUAUUAUAACGACUUGUAUGGGUCAGAAUGACAAUAAAAGACAAGAAGCUCUGCACGCUCUAGAGACUGACGCUGGUCUUCAGGUAAAAACGCUUUGAAUUCCUAUGAAGUUUCAAUUUUUUCAGGCUCUGCUGCCACCUUUAUCCAGGGUGGUCUUCAAUGCCGUAAGUUUUUUUCCAGUUUUUUUUAUCGCAAUAGAAAAAAAAAACUUGCAACUUAUUUCCAAUUUUCCUGAAACUUUCUGAAGCUGCGUUUUUUUCUGCAAACUGAAACUUCGUCAAAAGUGUCAAAAAUAACAGUCAUCACAACUCCAGAAAGGUUCAAUUUUCAUGAAAAAAAAAAUAAGAUCAAAGGGGCGCUUUUUUGUAUGUGUGAAAAAACAUCUGAACAUUUUUAGAACUUUUUUUUUGCUGAAUUUUGUUUUUCGGUAAGUUUUUUCCACAAUUUGAAAAGCCAUGAAACGACAUGUAACAUUUAAGCCUUAAGCCAAGACCUUCUGUAAGAACUUGAUUAAUUUUUGGAAAGUCUUACGCGUAAUUAAAAAAAUAGAGAAAAACCUAGUUAUUACAUAAAAAUUAUGAAAUAUUCGAAAGAAAUCUUUUUUUGAGGCCAUAUUUCAAUUCUAUGGAAAGACUGCCUGAAAAGAACGUUUUCAGAUUAUGGCCAAUAUUGUUCAAAGAUGCCUUUCUCUGACUAUUUACGCAGUUCGCAUGCUUAAGGCCAUAAGUCUCAACAAAACAGUUGAUUUGAGGACCAUGGUCAGUUUUUUCCUCUUUUCCUUUAAUUCUUCAGAAGUUUUUCAGUAUCAUGAAAUUAUUCCGGCUUUGAUGAGCUGCAUGUUGGGCAAAAAUUUAUGUUUGCGUCCAGAAACGGACAACCAUUGGGCCUUGAGGGAUUACGCCUCGAGAACUCUCAUAUCUAUCCUCAAGUUUUUGCCCAGUAAAAUAUCUAUUACAAAAUAUGUUUCAGAGAUCAAACUAAAGAACAUGGAGACAACUCGAGGCCGAGAAUUUUCAAGUAUGCCUACAACGUUUUCAGAGCGGAAUCUUCAACCGCUCCAAUGGUUUAUGGAGCUGUGGCCGUUCUUUCGGAAUAUGUUCAACCUGUAGAGGUUUGAGAACAUUUUAAGCAGUUUCAUGUACGGUCGAAAAGCGCAGUUUUGAUGUAGAGCCUCAUAUCAAAUGAAAGCGAAAAAUUAGAAAAAAAUGAAAUUUUCCCCAUUUGAAAGGCGAGGUAGGUGGAGAAAAAAGCGGGACAUGAUACUUGGCACAAGUUCAAUUAUCGCUUUUUAAAAUUAUUUUUGCUGCAAAAAUAAUAGAAUGGAUACAAAAAAAAGCGGUGACCAAACUUUUUCUAUAAUCGGUGGAAUUCAUGCCGAGAACCGCGUACGCGCACGCUACGCGUCCCGGGCACUUCUCCGCCUCUCUCGCCAAAUGCAAUUUUCUUUUCACUUUCAAUAUUUCAGGUACCAGCGUUGAUAACUUGCUUCAACGAGAUGAUUAUCAAACAUAAAGCGAUAAUGACGGAGAACCGGGAAGGCCCCGAGUUUAACGAUUUGGCCGUUUCUGAGUCCUCGAGGCUAAUUGCCAUUCUCGCGGUGAGAAAAUCCGCUAUUUGUCCAAUUAUUGAGGUGAUAUCUCAGAAGCACGAGAGUUUCCUGCGUGAGAAAGACAGCGACGAACGUUCCAUAGGAAGUCAAUACAAAUACGAAAUGGAUUAA